UUCAUCACCUCGUUGGCAACUCCUUUCACAGCUGGAGAUCAACAAGUGGAUCUCACCUAUCAUAAUACAGCGACAUACCGCUUCAGACAACAAAACAUUCAACAAAACUCGAGGAUAAAAGAGUGUAUACCGAUCCUUACGCGAAGAAUCUGGUUAUCAGGACAUACGCCGAGCAAACGCCAGUUAUUGGUUCAAACAUGAACGCCGAAGGCCACCGAUACCGAUCGCGGUCACCUCUCCCUGGUGGCUCAGGAUCCACACAUCACGACAGGAGAAGGUCAAGAUCGAGGUCAGAGAGGUACGACGACAAGCGGGAUCGCAGGCAUGGAGAGGGACGUGAUAGACAUCGGGAGCGAUCAAGAAGCCGAGACCGUGAGAGGGACCGGGUCAGAGACAGGGAUCGCCACCGGCGGCGGCACGAGGACAGAGACCACCACCGCCAUCGUUCCCACUCAUAUGAACGAUCCAAGGACGAACCACCCAAACCCCUCCCUUUCAACUCCCGCCAGCUCUCCCGCUCCGACUACCCCAACUUCGAACCGCUCUUUGCCCAAUAUCUCGAUAUCCAAAAACAACUUUACAUCGACGACCUAGACGACUACGAACUCCGCGGUAGAUGGAAGAGCUUCGUCAAGAAGUGGAACCGCGGCGAGUUGGCAGAGGGGUGGUAUGAUCCCGAGAGGUUCGCCGGAGCAGCCAAGGAGGCCGCGGCAGAGGGUAGGGUACCCCGUUCCAUCGCCGAAGCAAGCAGUCUCAAGGAGAAAGACAGGAAGGGGAGGGCGGUCUCAACGAUGUCUGAGGGUGACAACCCCGAAUCGACAACAGCAAGACCAUCCAUCGAGACCAACGAUACACCACAGCCCGACUCCAACCCUCCCCAGAUUCUUCAAAAUCAAGAAGAAGAAGAAGACGACGCUUCAGACUCCGACUACGGCCCCACCCUCCCCGGCCAGUCCUCCUCCUCCUCCCGGACUCACGCCCAUGGCCCCACUAUUCCCUCCUUAACCGACCUCACCCUCCACCGCGAGACCCUCGCCGAAGAGUCUGCCACACAGCGCGCCUCCUCCCUCGAAGCCCUGCGUGCCCAACGCAAAGCCGAUCGCGCCCUGCAAAAAGAACGACUCGAAGAUUUGGUCCCGCGCGCCGACGCCGGCACACGCGAGCGCCGACUUGAAAAACGAAAAGAGCUAAACGAAAAGCUCAAGUCCUUCCGAGAACCAUCGCCAGGUGGGGAGGUGGCUGAAAGUGAACUGAUGGGUGAAGGAGAUGGAGGUGGGUUGGAGGAGUACAAGCGGAUGAUGAAGAGGGAGGAAGUCAAGAAGACGGAGAGGCAGUUGAGGAGGGAGGAGAUGGAGCGAGCGAGGGCGGCGGAGCGAGAGAAGAGGAUUCAGGAGGCGAAGGAGAGAGAGGAUAGGGUGAUGGAGGGGUUGAAGGCGUUGGCUAAGGCUAGGUUUGGGUAGGGCUGUUGGGUAGGUAGAUAUGGGGAUUUGGGAGAUGGAAAAUGUGGGUGAAAUGGCAUUUCUUUUUCUGAGGGAAGACAUUGGUGUCGUUGCACUUUUGGUUUGAUAAUGUGAGAUAACAAAAGCGCGGCGUAGGAUGCUUGAAUUUUUGCUUUGUGUAGAUUAUUUGGCUUUACAAAAUACAACAAACAGAAAUUAGCAGGUAAAGCUUAA